AACCAAGGAAGGUUUGGGCUGAAAAGUCGCAAGAUGAGGCUGAGAGUAAUAUUCCUGGAUGACAGCGAACAGAUAUUUGAGGUCGAACAAAGGCUUCUGGGAAUCGACUUCCACAACCAAGUUUGUGGCCACCUGAAACUGCUGGAAAAGGAGUAUUUUGGAUUGGAGUUUCGUCACCACAGUGGCAGUUAUGUGUGGUUGGAGCCACUGAAACCUCUGGUAAAGCAACUUAAAAACAUCAGUGAUCAGCCUUUACGCUUCAUUGUGAAGUUCUUCCCACCAGACCCUGGCCAGCUGCAGAAAAGUUUGACCAGAUAUUUGUUUACACUACAGAUCAAACAGGAUCUGUCCAAUGGAAGUCUCACAUGUAACGAUAACAGCGCUGCCUUGCUGGUAUCACACAUACUCCAGUCGGAGCUGGGUGACUAUAAUGAAGAGCUCGAUGUGCAACACUUGGAGAGUAAGCAGUAUGUCCCCAACCAGGAGUAUCUGGACCACAAGAUCAUACAUUUCCACAAGAGACACAGGGGCCAAACGGCAGAGGAGUCAGACGUGCAGCUGUUGGAGGUGGCACGCAAACUGGACAUGUACGGCAUCCGGCCCCAUGCUGCCCAUGAUGGGGAGGGACUGAGACUCAGCCUGGCUGUCACUCAUAUGGGUGUUCUGGUCUUCCAGGGUAACACAAAGAUCAACACCUUCAGCUGGGCAAAAAUACGCAAGCUGAGCUUUAAGCGGAAGCAUUUUUUGAUAAAACUUCAUGGAGAGUUUGUUCCAUCCAGCAGAGACAUGGUGGAGUUCACCAUGGCAAGUCGUGAUGUCUGCAAGGCCUUCUGGAGGAUAUGCGUGGAGUACCACGCCUUUUUCCGCCUGGCGGAGGAACCGCAGGCUACACACCGCUCCAUCUUGUCCAGCAAGGGCUCCAGCUUCAGAUAUAGUGGCAGAACUCAGAUGCAGCUCCUGGACUGCAUAAGUAAGGAAGACAAGACAAACCUGCCCUUCGAAAGGAAGUGUUAUAAAGCUCAGUUUGACACACGUCACUGCAGUUCAUCUCCAGACCUCCUUACUGAUGUCUCCAAACAGCUGUACGACCAAGCCCACACUUACCCCAGCUCCAGCCAAGCAUUGAAGCUUGGGUCUCAGGAUGGGGGCCCCCAACUUCUGGGGGACCUUCGCAGCAAGUCUACCAUGGAGGAUGUUUUUGCAGCUGAGCUGGAGCGCUCACGUCUUCACGCCCCGGAGCAGGUUGCCUUCAGACAUCCUUGCUCUGCCUCCUCUGACAGAGAGGUGGCACCAGAGAGGCAUAGCCAAGGGGGGCAGAGGCUGAAAUCAAUGGAAAUGUCGCGGGCACACUCCAUCACUGGGACCCAGCAGUUGGUGCUGUUGUACCCCAGUGAUUCCCACCUGAGGCUGCACCCUGUCCUGCCGACCUUCCCUCUAGCUGCCCAGGCUUGCACCCCAGCAAAGACUCGUACCACCUGUCCUGCUCCCCGGCUCUCCCUGCUGGAUGACGUUACCCGCUCCUCCACUUUCUCCGCAGCUGCCUCCCUGUCCCCCCGCCUGCGACAGCGACUGAGGCAGAGCCGACUGGGGGCUCCGGGGGACAGGGCUGUCUACGGUGGUAGCCUGGGCUUCAGCAGGGUAGAGACAGGCCAAUACAGUGAUGACUUUAGCUACCAGGCUAGCCUGCCACGGCGUGCAUGGAGCCAGGCUGACGUGAAGCUCCAGGGUCCAACUGCUGCUUGCCGGGCUUCCGAAUUCUGCCCGCUGGGCCAUUAUGCACACCUGUCCCGGCGUCAGUCCCCUGCCAGACCCACAUACCUCCCCCUUGGGCCCAAUCUUCUCUCAGAGCGUCCCGCCUCUCUUUGUGUGCUGGGGGCAGAAAGUUUUAGUGACUCUGACUCCGAGUUGAUAUACCCAUACUACUGCCCUACACUGGGCAUGCUGGUUAGCACCGCCCCUCUGGCAUGCAUGCGCCUCUCCUCUGGCAGCCUGCAACUGGAUGAAGAGGAGGAGGAUGAAGGAGGGGACCCCAUUAAACUCAUUGACACUGAUGGAGCCAAGGCAUAAGCCAAUGAAAUCACAGUAUAAAUUCACCUUCUAGGAAUGUACAUUUCAGUCCUCAGCUAGUCACAGCAGACAUGCAGUUACUCAGUUUAACGAGGUCAAUCAACUGUCAUAUUCAUAUGUAAUAUUCACUUGUGAUAUCUUUACUAGUUCCUCCAUAUAUCAGAAAUUAUAUGAUGCACUUAAAAAUAAAGCAUAAGUGUUUGUGUUUUAUUGAUGUGUUUAAGCAUUUUCAGUACAAGUAUGAACUGCAUUUUGUCAAAUGAUUUAUGUAUUUAAAAAUGACAUGUACAGUGGUACCUCGGUUCUCGAACUCACUAGAACUCGAAUUUCUUGAAAGUCGAACAAACCAGUUUGACCUAGAGCACGAUCUGAAUAUCAGAAGUCGAACUGUGAACGCUGACCUAAUAAAAAUUGUAUGCGCCAGGAAAUGAGUCAUACUACAGUGCAAUUCUUACUGGAAUGCCUUCUUUACAGACUGGACGAUUAACCAAAUAAAGCAGCGCAACAUUACAGUAACUAACAAUAAAUAAACCACUAACUUACGUGUACUAUUAGAGCAUUUAUGUCAUUCAUUUAAACUUUAUCUUACCAGGUAAAUUAACUGAAAACCAAUUCUCACUGCUUUACAUGAUAUUCGGCAGAAAUAGCAGAUUAUGUAUGGGAACUAGUGAUGACCGAACGGGUUGAACUGAUUCGUACGUCGGAACGAAUCGAUUUUUUAAAUUAUUUUAAAACGGUUUUAAAACUGAUAUUUGACUAUUCAACAUACAAAAGCAUCCCCCGCGAUUUCGGAUUUAUUUUUCAUGUUCCGUUUGCGUUUGUCAUCACUUUUAGGUUUAUUCUUACAUUCGUCACUUUUGCGUUCGGAAACUUCAGUCUGGUGCCAAGAACACCCGAACGGCCGAGUAUCUGGUCUUUAACUCGCUGACUCCAAAAAACCCGAGAGCCUGUUCGAUGAACGAAUCGAACUUACGGGUUUUCGGACAUUCGGUGACUCAAAAGAACCUGUUCGAUGAACGAAUCGGAACUUACGAGUUUUCGGACACUCGGUCAGUGAAUCAAACGAACGGUUAGCGAAC